UUCACCUCACGUUCCACAAAAUGCCGAAAGUUUCGUUUACGUUUAAAGGGAUCAUCGCCCCGGUACUUACGCCAUUUAACAAUGAUAGCACGAGAACUUUAAAUUUGCCACUUAUAUCGCAGUAUGCAAAGUUUUUAUCGCAGAAGAAAGUUACCGGUGUUCUUGUAAAUGGAACAAGUGGAGAAGGUCCAUCAAUGUCUGCCAAUGAAAGAAAAUUAGUCGCCGAGGCUUGGGCAGACGCUGUAAAAACAACAAAACAGCACUUAAUGAUACAAGUUGGCGGUGCACCACUUCCUGAUGUUCUCGAUCUUGCAAGACAUGCAGAAAGCAUUAAAGCAGAUUCUAUCCUUUGUCUGCCGGAAUUAUACUUCAAGCCAACAACAGUGGAACAAUUGACGGAAUAUUUAAAAGUAGUCAGUUCUGCAGCUCCAAACACGCCACUUUUAUAUUACCAUAUUCCAUCGAAGACUAACGUUAAUUUACACAUGGGAGAGUUCCUUGAAUACAUCGGUGAGCAAGUUCCAACUUUCGUCGGGAUAAAAUUCACGAGUUCCAAUUUGGAAGAAGGUGCUUUAGCAUUGCGUGCCAGUAAAAACAAAUUUACGGUGUUCCUUGGAAAUGAUCAGUUAAUAAGUGCUGGCUGCAGAUUGGGAAUGGAUUCAUUUAUAACGACAGGUGUAAACAUGCUUGCUGAACUGACACUGGACACUCUUAAAGAAGGGCAAACAGGAGAUAACGCGACAGCAAGAGAGAAACAGGAUAUGUUGACGAGUAGUGUAGUCGCUAUAUCGAAACAUGGUGACUGGGUAGAGACUAUGAAAGUGGCAAUGACUUUAUUAACAAAUAUCAAUCCUGGACCUCCACGUACACCUCUAAAACCUCUGUCUGCACAAACUACAGUAUCAAUGGCAACAGAGUUACAAUAUUUGGCAAAAAAAUUUAAUGUAUUUAGAAAAGAAAAAGGAAACUAG